AUGAUAGCUGAAGAAUUGUCAGUAGGUAUGGAAGCCAACCACCACACACCAAGUGUUAUUGCAAGAUUAAUGGGUCUGGAUGAACUGCCAGCAUGGCGGGUUGGACUUUGUACAUGGAGCUUCUUAAGGAUCCAUGUGAGAAAUGGGGAAUUGUCAAACGACGGAGGCAGCGACGGUGGUGAUUCAGCAUCCAGGCAAAGAAGUGGAGAGGAUUUACUGAUUCAUUUCUUGCGAAGAGGGAGACUCAAGAAAAUAGAGAGGCUUCAAAUUUGGAAUCAAAAUCUUGAUCUUGCAGGAGUGAUUGUGGUGCUGAGGAAGACUAGGUAA